CUUUGAUACUCCAAUUGUGAAAUGGGGAAAGACAGAGGACACCAACUUCUACAUAAUCCCAUGCAACCGUCUAGUGGCCCCAGCAAUUGUCGUGCCCAAUCUACUAGAACAGCAGCCUCAAGGGAACGUUGCCAAUGCCAAUGCAAGGAGAACCUACAAGAAACGCAGAGCCAAAUUGAUGCAAGAACCUGGAAAUGAACCACUUGGAGAUGGAUAUUUUGUUGUGGACAAUCAAGAACAAAUGGCCCAGAGGAUGGAGGAAUUGAUAGACGACAUAAUGGAAAGGGAUUAG